AUGGACGCGCUCUCCGAUGACGAUGAAUUUGCGCGCCGAGAGCCUCAGAUCAGCAGUCUGGUGGCGUCGCGCGGCGAGGCAUCCGGCGGGGCUGCCGUCCAACGGGUCGGAGCUGCCGUCUGUUGCGCCGUCGAACGAUUCGUGGCCGUCGGCGAGACCAUCGCCGAUGACAACCCUGACGUGCGACACAGCAUGGUGCUCGCCUGCAAGGAGGCAAGAGCCGCAGGUCAGUACAAGAAGAACAUCAUAGGUGAUAUUCUUAAUUUAAACACGCCCAAUGAAAAUUAA